AUAAACUAAACCAUAUUGUUAUAAAAGGAACUUCACAUAUUACUCAAAUUCACACGUAGAGUUAAAUUUCCCUUAAAAUUAAGCUAGCUAGCCAAUAAACAUGGCAUGGUCAACUUCUUCCUCUACUCCUCAACAAAAACAUGAAGUGUUCCUUAGCUUUAGAGGCGAAGACACACGCUAUACCUUCACUAGCCAUCUUCACGCCACUUUGACCAGACUUGAUGUCGGAACAUAUAUAGACUACAAUCUCCAAAGAGGAGAUGAGAUAUCGUCCGCACUUCUUAGAGCCAUCGAGGAGGCACAACUUUCCGUAGUUGUUUUUUCCAAAAACUACGGAAACUCUAAAUGGUGUUUGGACGAGCUUGUGAAAAUACUUGAAUGUAAGAAGACAAAGGGGCAAAUUGUUUUGCCUAUUUUUUAUGAUAUUGAAGCCUCCCAUGUUCGCAACCAAACGGGAAGUUAUGCGGAGGCAUUCGUUAAACAUGAGGAACGAUUUCAGGGAAAUUUGGGGAGGGUGCAAAAAUGGAGGGAAGCUUUGAGAGAUGCAGCCAAUCUAUCUGGUUGGGAUUGCUCUGUGAAUAGGAUGGAAUCUGAACUUCUUGAGAAAAUUGCAAAGGAUGUAAUAGAAAAAUUAAAUCGAGUAUAUGUUGGUGACUUAGAUUAUAAGAUUGGUAAGUUGGAACAACUUGCAAAGCUCCAAUAUCAAUUCUUUGAAAGCACACUUAACGUUCAAGAUUUGAACAAACAUAAAGCAACUGUUGCACGUAUGACUGAGCUUAAAAUGGAGAAGAGUCUUCGUCUGCUUCGAUUGUCACCGGAGAUGCUUUCGCAUUUGGGAUAGAAUAAUCAUGAUUGUCCAUUUUAAUGUAUGAGUUUUUUAUGAGAAUUGUAUUAAUCUUACCAUUAUUAAUAGUUUCUCCUUUUCCA